CUUUUAUUUUUACCUAUUAUGUCUUCAUUAAUUUUUUUGGUUUCGUGAAACAUUCGGAUACGAAAAUAGCAUAACGCUAUUGUUUUUAUUAGUUGUGUUUUGUGGUUAUAAUCACAGUCAUAAUUGUGACUGUUGAGAGCAGGAAACAAGCCAAGUGAUACAACUUGUGAGAAAACAGACACUGCUAUAUUUUGAGCCAAAUUUGACUCGCUAAUCUGUGUGAUAUCAUGUGCUGCUUUUCUAUACAACAACUCUGUGGUACGGCAGAUUGUUAUUACAUCGGAAGCUGGAAUGAUAAGUCCUCCAUGAGUUUUUUGUAAAAUCAAUUUAAUACGGUUGUCUUUUAAAUCUCCUGAAUACAGCGCUGAACUACAGUUUAUACGUUUCGAAACCUAGAAAACAUUUUUAUCAAUAGUUACUUACCAUACUACAUACCCAGCUACCAGUCCAACUGCAUUAUCAGCAUAUUCAGACAAGGCAAAGUAGUUUGGAGGCAUCUCUAAGCCAAUAUCAUUUAACUCGACCUGAAUUAUUCUAGUCCUUUCAUCUGAUGAAGGUUUGGAUUACUUUCUGGUUCAGCUAAUGUGUCAGAAUAACGUUGAAUAGGAGUACGAGUUGCAAACAAUAUCUCAGUGUUAUUUAAGGCUUCAACAUUUCCUGAUGAUGUCUUUAUUUGAUGAUGUGACAAUAAUUUUUUGUAAGCUACACUUAAAUGACUUGGAGUGGGAUUCACACACCAACCGCCUCUACCUCGCACAGCAUUAAAAAACAACUCAAUGUGGUCCUGCAAAACUUUGACAACCCAUCUAUAAUACAAUCCUUACUAAGGAGGAAAAAAGAAUCAGAUUUGGUAGCUGAACCAAAGCUUCGACGGGAACUCAAUUUGUUUGACUUGGUGUCAUUGGGAGUUGGGUCAACGUUAGGUCUCGGUGCUUAUGUUUUACCUGGAGAAGUAUCUAAACUACUCACAGGGCCUGCUGUAAUACUGUCAUUUCUAUUUGCUGCUGUGGCCUCAGCUCUUUCAGGCUUAUGCUAUGCUGAAUUUGCUAGCCGUGUUCCAAAAGCUGGUUCGGCUUACGCAUUUAGCUAUGUUGGCGUUGGAGAAUUGGUGGCUUUUCUUAUCGGAUGGGAUUUGAUUUUAGAGUACAGCAUUGGUUGUGCAAGUAUAGCAAGAGCUCUUAGUGGCCAUUUAGACAAACCAUUUGGAUAUCCAAUGAAAAGAUAUCUAAGUACAAAUUUUCCUAUUAGAGUUAGCUUUUUGGCUCCAUACCCAGAUGUUUUUUCCUUUUUUGCCAUUCUUUUACUAACAGUUAUAGUAGCUUGGGGAAUACGUGAAUCAUCAAUGAUCAACAAAAUAUUUACUGUUGUAAACAUAUUGACAGUAAUCAUUGUUGUUAUAUCUGGACUUUUCCUUGCUGACAUUAAAAACUGGAAAAUAAAAAAAGAAGAUAUCCCUGAAGGCGUUACAGGUGGCGAAGGAGGGUUUUUGCCUUUUGGUUGGCCUAGUGUAUUUGCAGGAGCUGCGACAUGUUUUUAUGGAUUUGUAGGAUUCGACGUUGUUGCUACUACUGGAGAAGAAUCCAAAAAACCCAGAAGAGAUAUCCCGCUCUCCAUUGUUAUUUCAUUAUUUAUCAUAACCUUUUCGUACUGCAGUUUAGCUACGGUAUUGACACUUAUGUGGCCUUAUUAUGAUCAGGAUAUAGACGCACCUUUUAUACACAUAUAUGAAAAAUUAAGUUGGACCGUGUUACAAUGGGUAGUUACUGUUGGCGCAGUAUUCGCUUUAUUUACAAACAUGAUAGGUACAUUGUAUCCACUGCCAAGGGUAAUGUACGCCAUGUCAUGUGAUGGUUUGAUGUUCAAAAUCUUUUCUUUAAUCAACUCGAAAACAAAAACACCAGUUUGGGGUACAAUUGUUAGUGGAUUUUUCGCAGCUAUUAUUUCUAGCAUAUUCGAUUUGCAACAACUAAUGAACAUGAUGUCUAUUGGCACGUUGAUGGCUUAUACAUUGGUGUGCUUUUGCGUUUUAAUUUUAAGAUAUACAGACGAGAUGUCCGACACUGUCAAAGUCAUAGACGAUGGGAAUAUAUGCACUUCUUUAUUUGCUAUACUUGCAAUUUGUGUUAAUUUGCCAAAUUCCGAAACACCAACCAAGAGAACAGAGCGAAUGUCUGUUGCUAUAACAAUAAUUUUCCUAUUCAUGGCUAUAUGUUUUACCGGCACCAUUACUUUCGUACAAACUUAUAGCGAAUUCUCAAAAGAAGCAUACAUUUUGAUUAUCACGCUGGGUGGUUGUUUAAUAGUGUUGGGAUAUCUACUAUCGCGCCAACCGAAAUCCAGCAAUCGUCCGAUGUUUAUGGUACCGUUAGUGCCGUUUGUGCCAUGCUUAAGUAUCAUUUUGAACCUGUAUCUUAUGACAAAGUUGGACUCGUUAACUUGGGUGAGAUUAGCGUGUUGGCUGGUAGCCGGUUCAAGUAUAUACAUAUGCUACGGUUUUCAUCAUAGCCUCGAGCGCCGGAACCCGACAAAUAAUUCGUAACCAUCUGUCCGA